UUCAUAGUCUGAAAUCAAAGAGUGAGAAUCAAGCUACAACUUCAAAAAAAUUUAAAUGUCUACUACAAAGUUUUCCCUUCUUGCCAUUAUUUACCUUCUCCUUUCACUGAGCUCUCUUGGCACAACCAUGGCUGGAAGAAUCAUUCCUCCUAGUGCUCCAAGCACAGUUACCAGGCCACUGGUUUCCUCAGAAGUUGAGAACUACGUGAAGCCGCAACUGAAUCACAAGCAGAAAGCCCUGCAAGGAAGAGAAGUGAAGGGUUGCUUGCCUAAAGGUUCAAGGCAUAACUCUGCUCCCAGCAGAUUCGUCAACUACAAGACUCUAGGCUCUACUGGCUGUUCCAGAAUGCAUUCUGGGAAACCUUGAAUUCAUGAUUCUUGAUGAAUAUUGGAAGAACAGUUCUGUAUAUAUAUGGUUUUCAAUGUGGUUCAAACAUGAAAGGUGAGAUGUGAUAAUCACUUAUGAUGAGGGUUGCAAUUUUGAACGAUGUUAUUAUAU